AUGGAUCAGAAACCUUUCGCAUUCUUAUGUAUUGGCUGUGCUGUGAUUGGGCCCAGUGUCCUUCUCUUCCUCAAGAGCCUGUGGAAACUCAUCUUCAGAGAUUCAAACAAACCCAAAUGCAGAACCAUACUGUGGGUGCUGUGUGUGGAGUUCAUGGUGGCUCUGGGGGCCACGCUUCUCACGGUGGUCUCCAUGCCACAGUUUGACAUCAUCACCAAUGUGAUGCUGCUGAACAGCGUCAGUGUCCUUUCUGCAGCAUUUCAGGUGUGGGCUGAGUGCAUCGCCAAAGAAAGGAAGAGGAUCAUGACACUCCCCAUAAUGGCCAUCGUGCUGAUCUUUCUGGGCUACCUGCUCUUUGCUCUUGGCUUUCUCCUAGAAGACAGGAACGAUCCUCAGACGAAGACACAAGUCCAAGUAUCGGUGGGGCUGGCCAUCGUAGGGUCCGUCCUGGUCUCCCUAAACUGGUGGGAGAACUACAGCACCCUCUUUAACAUCCGCUUCUUAGACAGCAUCUCCAAGGACAAGGCCCAGUCCCAGAACAUGGUGUGCAUAAUGUCAAGUAUGGUGCGGGUGCUUGUGACUGCAGCGGUAGUCGGUGCAUAUGUCCCGUUAUCGGGCCGAGACUGGUCUUCUGUCACAACCAUCAAAUCUGAAGACAGAACAAUGAUUCUUGGCCUGCUCGCCUUACAGAUAGUGUCCUCUGCGAUGUGCCAUUGGUUUGUGGUGGUGGCCUGCAAGAUGCAUGCCCUGAGAAGUAGCUUUGCUGUACCCAUGUACUUGGCAUCAGUGGUCGUCUUAGCUGUAAUCUUGGGUCCAGUGGUCUGCCUCUAUGUAAUAUCAGAUUCUUACCACAACACUACCGCUCACUGUCAAAACCUGACAGACACCAAACACUCAGAAUGGACCUGGAGGCUAGUGGCCGACAUCUCGCACACAUUGUGCGCCCGAAACAGUGUGCGGGAGAUGGAUCCAGGGACCCUUAGUUUCCUGGGCAGCUCCACAAUCAGCUGGUGGCUGGGAUUCGUCCUGAGCACAGCCUACAUCUGGUUCCUGCGGAUUCAGCGCAUCGAGAGAACCCAGGACCUGUUCGUUAGGAGGCUCUAUGAAGGAGCCUUCCUAGAACAGUCCAUGCUACUCAACACACGAUUUGAGCUCUUGAAAAUGAGCAAAAUGAAAGAGAAGGUGAUGGUGUAUUUGUGUGCUACCAUGUGGCAUGAAAACUAUAGUGAAAUGAUGAAGAUUAUCAUCUCAAUGUUCAGAUUGGACAAGUACAGGCCAAAAGGGAACCUCAGCAAUGAUGUAGGUUUUGAGUUCCACAUCUUCUUUGAUGAUGCUUUCAAAGAUGUCAAAGAUAGCUCCGGGCGGCAUGUGAACGAAUAUGGAGAGACUUUGGUGGAAGUACUGAAGGAAGUGUACAUAAUCUUCAGUGAGGAGGACCCAAACAUAUUCAAACAGAGACGUGAACUGCCCAGUCAGAAGAUCAUCAACACUCCGUACGGAGGCCGGCUGCAGUACACUCUGCCCAAGGGCAACACCCUAAUGGUGCAUUUCAAGGACAAGCAGCUGAUUCGCCACAAGAAAAGAUGGUCUCAGAUAAUGUACCUCUACUAUCUGCUUGGCUGGAGGUUAAACAACGCAUAUGCUAGAAAGUUUGAGCAGGGAAAAGAUGAGAAGACUCUGGCAGAGGAGCUACAGGUAAAGACCUAGCAUACAGUAGCCCCACAUGUAUUCCAGUAUAGCUAUGUUAUGACCCAAUCUAAAGGAAACUCUUCUGUCAUUCAGAAAGAGAAGGACAACACCUUCAUCCUGGCUCUGGACGGAGACACCGAUUUUCAGCCAUCUGCGGUGAUGCUUCUUAUUGACCGCCUGAAGCUGUACUCAGAUGUGGGCGCAGCGUGCGGCAGGAUUCACCCCACCGGCACAGGACCCAUGGUGUGGUACCAGAAGUUUGAGUAUGCAGUGGGCCACUGGAUGCAGAAGACAGCUGAGCAUGUGAUGGGCUGUGUGCUGUGCAGCCCUGGCUGCUUCAGUCUGUUCAGAGCCGCGGCCCUCAUGGACGACAAUGUCAUGAAGAGGUACACCACCAAGGCCACUGAAGCAGGCCACUAUGUGCAGUAUGACCAAGGUGAGGACCGCUGGCUGUGUACUCUAUUGCUGCAGCAGGGCUGGAGGGUGGAGUACAGCGCAGCAUCGGACGCCUACACCAACGCCCCGCAGGACUUCAAGGAGUUCUACAACCAGCGGCGGCGCUGGGGCCCCUCCACCAUGGCCAACACCAUCGACCUGCUGGGCUCCGGCGGACUCACGUCCCAGAAGAACAAAUCCAUCUCCAAGCCCUUCAUCCUCUACCAGAUAUUCACCAUGAUUGCCUCCAUCUUGGGCCCUGCCAGCAUCUGCCUCAUGCUCGCAGGAUCUUUCACCUACAUUUUUAAUGUGGAUGUUAAUGCUGCCUUGGUAUUAGCAAUAGUGCCCCCUGCUGUCUACCUUGGGCUUUGCUUCAAACUGAAAUCAGACACACAGAUCACAGUAGCUGCAGUGAUGAGCGUCAUAUAUGCUUUAUUCAUGACAGCCACAAUUCCAGCAAUCAUAGGUCAGAUGGUGGAGGAGAAAACGUUUGUGACCCCUGCAGGCAUCUUUUUCAUCACCAUGGUGGUGGUAUUCGUCACCACGGCCGCCCUGCACCCCCAGGAGUUUGGGCUGGUGGUGUACGGCCUAAUGUACUUCCUGUGCAUCCCCAGCGGCUACCUGCUGCUCACCAUCUACUCCAUGGUGAACAUGAACAACGUCACCUGGGGCACGCGCGAGAGCGGCGGCCCGGCCAAGACCCCCGUGGCGGCCCUGCAGAGGCAGGUCAUGCAGGCCAAACUCUGCAGCUGCUGUGGGAGUCCCCCGGGGGAAUCUCAGCCCACGGCAGAGGCUGAAAUGCAAGAUCUGGAGGUGCGCUGUGACUCUAGACAGGAAGAGAGGUAA